UUCCGCGAAUCAGGAUAAGACUGUUGUUAACACUUCUUAUAUGGCGUAUGGUUUGACAAUUGUCCCUUCCGGGGUUUCUUCCGCCUAAUUCAUUUCACGUGUGGUAUUGAUUAGAGUGUUGUCGCGUUGAACACUAUCCAACGGUCUCUGAAGUCUGAACAUUGAUAAAUUGACUCAAUAUUAAAAAAUGCUACUACCUGGUCUUCCUGCUCCGACUGAAGGGCUCCAUCACGUAGAACAGAAUACAGAAUGUUUUGUGAACAACCGCGAAUUGGGCUCUGGUACUUUAUACAUAUCAGCUGAGCGCUUAUGCUGGACCAAAGUGGAUGGUGGGCCCAGUCUCUCUCUUGAAUAUCCUCACAUAGCCAUUCAUGCAGUGUGCCGUGAUAUCACCCGCUUCCCCAGGCCUCAUCUCUAUGUUAUGGUUGAUACAGAUCUGUUUCCUGAAGAUCAUGAGGAAAGUGAUGAUGAAGAUGAGAAUGCAGAUCCUGAAGCUCGUUGUACGUCUGUGAGAUUUGUUCCCAACAAUCUUGGUAACCUGGAUACCAUCUAUCAGUCUGUCAGCAACUGCCAGAUCCUCCACCCUGAUCCUGAGCAGGAGUCAGAUAAUGAGUUCCCGGAAGAUGAUGAAGAUGAAGGAGAAUACAACCUUGCUGGGCCUCUCCCUCCCGUGCGCUACGAGAACGAGCCUUAUGAGGAACAAAUGGAGAACGGUCUUGGAGAGGCCGUUGGCAGUAACGGGCAUGGCACGGAUGCUGAUGAAGAAGCUAUGGAUGAGGACUGCUAACUGUCAACACGGUUGCAAAAUUCCUCCGCUUCAUCAAUUUUUUUUAAUUAUGGCAAUAUCUGUCAUAGCUUUCUUACUCUAUGUUAUUUUGUAAGUUCUUUGUGGCCCAAUCUCUGAAGCUGUUUAGCUAAAAUAGAUGAUAUGUCGCUGCUACCAACCUGUUUUAUUGUUGGUUUUUGUGAAAGGAAUGAGCUUGUGAUAACCUCUCUUUACUUGGUUUAGCGCCCUCGUAUGCUAAAAAUUGUUACUUUUUUUCUUGUUUCGGAACUAUUUGAUUUUUUUCUAGGGUAGCUUGUUAUGUACGCAGAUUGAGUAAUUGACACUUGGUACUAUUCUCUUUCAGUUCAAGCGAGUCUAUUCUACUGUGCCUUCACGCACUAUAAUGGAUAUUUAUUUAAUUUUUUUUCGCUUCUAGAUUUCAAUUUCAUUAAAUUGAAAGAUUUCGCAUUCAUUUCUGACAAUACUCAUUAUUUUACAUCUUAUGUCUUUGGAUAACAAUCAUUACUUUGCUCAUUAUGGCUUGAGAUUCGAUGAACGAAAUUGAAAUCCAACUAAAAUAGGCCAUGAUAAUCUGAUACCCAUCUUAUCAUUGCCUGAUCAAAUUUAAAAGAAUUUUCAGAGAGCACUUAUUUUUUCCCGGCUAAAUGUCACUAUUUUACGGCAGAAAUUCAGUUUGCUGACUAUAGCAAACACCAUCCCUCGCCCUCAAUACUGUGAACUUAGCUGAUCUCGUUCUCUUUUUUUUUUUUUUUUUUUUUUGUU